AUGUAAGAAUCAGAUAUUGAAUCUCAAUUUUUAUAUUAAUCGAUUGUUUAACAAUAGGAAAGUAUUGAAGAGAAGCAAAUAUUAGUGAGUAGAUUGACAGAAUCAAAUCAAAUUUAAGAUGAAUCUGUAUAAAUCAAUUUAGAUUCAUAAAUAAUCUCAUAAUUGGAGGAAGAAAUUAUGUUUUUGUAGAAAUAAAAUCAAAAUCUAACUGAUUAAAUUAAAGAGAAGGAUAAUUAGAUUGUUUCAUUAAAAGAGAGAGUAUAAAGACAAACUUUAUUAAAUGAGACAUAUCAAAUUACUGAAGUAUAACUAAAAUAAUAAGUCUAAGAGUUUAAGAAAAAAAUAACAGAACUCUAAGAAUAAAUAAUGUCAUUUACUUCACUAUAAUAAAAUAUAUCUAAACCUAAUUUAGAUUUCAGUUGGGUCAAUCAUAUGGAAAGAGAUCUUUCACAUGAUGGUUUAUUAGAACGAUAUGAUCGUUAUAAAUCAAAUAAGCGUCUUGUUCCAAUUUAGAUUAAGCCAUAUUCAGAGAAAUUGAAAUUCAACAAUCAAUAACAUAGUCCAUAUUUUGAACAACUGACAGAGAGAACAUAAAAUAUUCAAAGGAAAAGAAUCAAUUAAAAUAAAUAAUGA